GCAAGAUAAAAGGAGCAAAUGUCUCUCGUCCUGCUUACAUGCACAAACACACUCCCCAUGUGCCUGGCUGCCUGUCUACUGGUGGGCACACAAGAGGAGGUGAGGAUCUACUAUCUUAACACCGCUGCUGAAACUCUCACCUGCAAGAUUGUAUAAUGGAUGCUGCAGAGUUUCGGCGCCGAGGCAAAGAGAUGGUCGACUAUGUGGCUGACUACUUGGAAAAUAUAGAAGAGCGACCAGUCUACCCUGAUUUGGAACCAGGAUAUCUCCGUUACUUAAUCCCUACUGAGGCCCCAUUGGAGCCCGAGAGUUAUGAUGACAUCAUAAAAGAUGUGGAGAGGGUCAUAAUGCCGGGGGUUACCCACUGGCACAGCCCGAGGUUCUUUGCUUACUUUCCAGCGGCUUCCUCUUAUCCUGCUAUGUUGGCUGACAUGCUGUGUGGAGCCAUUGGCUGUAUUGGAUUUUCUUGGGCUGCCAGUCCAGCAUGCACUGAGCUGGAGACAGUGAUGCUAGACUGGCUUGGGAAGCUCCUGCAGCUGCCUGAGUGCUUCAUAGCUGGGACAGAUGGCCAUGGAGGAGGUGUUAUUCAGGGUACAGCCAGCGAGGCCACGCUGGUUUCCCUGCUCGCUGCCCGCUGUAAAGGGGUCAGACGGGUGCAGACGCUCCACCCUGAAAUGUCUGAGGCUGAAAUCCUCUCCAAACUAGUGGCAUAUACUUCUGAACAGGCUCAUUCUUCAGUGGAGCGUGCUGCUCUGAUUGGAGCAGUAAUGAUGAGGAAGGUUCCCACAGAUGACCAGUAUGCCGUCCGAGAGGACAUGCUGAAGAAGAUGGUGGAAGAAGACAAGCUCGCUGGACUCAUCCCUUUCUAUUUCUGUGCGACUCUUGGCACCACUCCAUCAUGUGCUUUUGAUCACAUCACCAAGCUGGGGCCCCUAUGUAAUAAGGAAAACAUGUGGAUGCACAUUGAUGCAGCUUAUGCUGGAAGCGCAUUCAUCUGUCCUGAAUUUAGACCUUUACUGAAUGGAGUUGAGUAUGCAGAUUCUUUCAACUUCAAUCCACACAAAUGGCUUUUAGUCAACUUUGACUGUUCAACCAUGUGGGUAAAGAAAAGAACAGACAUCAUUGGGGCCUUUAAAAUGGAGCCACUCUACCUGAAACAUGAAAACCAGGAAUCAGGGCUGGUCACCGAUUACAGGCACUGGCAGAUCCCUCUGGGAAGAAGAUUUCGUUCAUUAAAGAUUUGGUUCGUACUUCGCAUGUAUGGACUCCAGGGACUGCAAGCUCACAUACGGAAGCAAGUGGCCCUGGCCAAAGAGUUUGAGAGUCUGGUGCGAGCAGACAAGAGGUUUGAGGUCUGCGCUGAAGUUGUCAUGGGACUGGUCUGCUUCAGGCUCAAGGGCUCUGAUGAGCUGAACGAGAACUUGUUGAAAAGGAUCAACAAGAGCAGAGAAAUCCACCUGGUGCCCUCCCAGCUCUCUGGCCGCUAUGUUCUGCGCUUGGCCGUCUGCGCACGCACUAUUGAGUCACGUCACAUCCAGGAAGCGUGGCGACACAUCACACAGCUCGCCUUUGAGCUUCUACAGGAGCAUCCUCAGUGACUGGGCGGCUGGGAGGAGGCUGCCCAUCCUGAUGCUGUAACCAGUACCAGAGGCGGGACAGACGUUUUGCAAAUUUCGCCGAUAUAAAGAUAUCAUAAAUCUGAUUUAAGGAUUUGCUUAGCAAGCCAAUAUAUUUCUGUCUGCAACCAGUUGUCAAGAGUAUUGUUGCUAUUUUGCAUUAAUUGUACAAAUUAAUGAAUAUGAAGAUAUUAUAAAAAACCCCACAAAUGUUCAAGAAAAAGAGAGAGAUGCAGUUCCCACAUGCUGCAUUUUAGAUCAGCAACUUCUUCAGCCUUUGUCUCCGCUUCUAUCUGUCCCUGAUUAGUAAUAAUGUCGUUGUUGUCAUCAUUGUGCACUUAUCUCCCUACAGACACUAUAUUCUAUAUUGUAGGUUUAUUUUAGUAGGAAUGUACGUUUUCAGAAAACUUAUUGCACAUUGAGUGAAUUAGAUUUUGUUUUUAUGUGUGGCUGCAGUUUUUUGUAGGUGCUCAUUUUGACACAUCACCCUUGGAUGGCACUGACAAUGUUAAAGAUCCAUUAGAGUUCAUAAAGCGUAAAGGUUUAAGUAUCCUAACAUUGCCCCGCGUAAUCAGGUUAACCCUUAUAUAAGUGCAAUAUUUUUGUGACCUAAUUUGUUAUAGUAUUCCUAUUUGAUUUAGGGAAGUAUAAUAGAUUAUUGGGAAGAAAUAAUCCUUCUAUUUUACCUUUUAGACUGCUGAGUUUGGAUUUUUCAUUCCUAUAUCUUAUGCACAGCACGCCAGUAUUUUCCAACCUGAUGCACAAGACAGUGAUUUAUUUAAUUUUCCCCCUCAUAACUAGUGUGUACCGCAUGACAUUAAAUCUCUGCUUUCUGAUAAAAACAACACAUCAAAUGAUUUUAAUUUAAAAUGUAAAGUUUCGAUCCUAAAUUGUACAAUUUCACGGAAUACAUCCUCUCUGACUCUGACACUAAACGCUUUUAUAAAAUCAAAAGUUCAUCAUUGUGUGAUGUGUAUCUUUUAAAUUUGCUGAAGUCUCUUUUCAUAAACUAUAAAUACAUUUAAGACGGACUCUCACAAUGAACUGACACAUCACAGUUUCCUGACCACUUAUGUCUGACUGUGUAUGUGGAGAAAAGGUCAUGUAUGACGUGUUAUCACCCCACUUUGCUGUUGAUUCACAUUGUAUUAAAGUCAGCUCCUGUCCAGGUGUUUUUUUUUUGUGUCAACUGCCUGCAAUGUAAUGGGUUUAUUUUAAUAAAUUCUGCUGCUGUUUG